CUCCUUUUUCUGCACUGGGGAAGCCGACAGAGAUGGGACGACUCGGUUUCAGCACCACGGAGAGCGCCCGACUUCUGCUGCUCACCGUGUUCGGUGUGUUGGCGCUGUCCGUGGUGCUGGCAGAGCAGGAAGGGGAAAACCUGUCCGGUCUUUCCGACAACCCGGACAAAGCCAUCUUCGCAGUGCGGGAGAACGGCACAACAUGCCUGAUGGUGGAGUUCGCCGUGAGAUUCCUUGUGCCAUAUGACGUGCUUGCGCUCAAUGGGAUAGACCUGAUCACCGAGCAGGCGGCGUUCACUCUGCCCCGCGGUGCAGAAAUCGAGGGGAAAUGCGGGAGUACAGAGUCAGAAAUCCACAUAACCUGGAAGAACAACGCCUACAUUCUCCGCAUCUACUUCACUAAGGAGUUCCGUGACAAGGGCAUCGAGGUGUGGAAGAUUACCAGGGUUCAGUUCAUCUACGACACCGCGGAGACUUCGCAUUUCAUCAACGCAUACAACCCUGGGAAACACACAGCCAGCACCCACCGCCUGUCGGCCCUGGUGACCCCCGCCGGGCACUCCUAUGUGUGUGCAGCACAGCAGACCCUCAAGCUGAUCUCCACUGAUCACCAGAAAGGCGUCACUAUCUCUAUGUAUGACAUCCAGAUCCAGCCCUUUGACAUCUCCUCUGACUUCAUAUUCAGUGAACCCUACAAGUGCAUCACCGACCAGCGGGAGCGCCUGGAGGAGACCCUCCCCCUCAUCCUGGGCGUCAUCUUGGGCCUAAUAAUUGUCAUCAUACUCACCAUCUACCACUUCCACCUGAAGCUGACAGCAGUCCAGCCUCAGCUCCCCAGAGACCGCUCCAUGUACAAGAACAUGUAGUCAGCAGCACUGUGGCAACUCCCUCAGCUCUCUCCAAAGCUAAGAUGGUAAAAAAAAAAAAAAAAAACUCCUCAAUGUCCCAGGUCAAACUGAGGAAAGUGGCCUGCCAUGGACUGAUCCCCUGACAGAGAUGAGUGUCACCUGUACUGAAGGCCCACUGGAACUUUCCAAAAGCCAAAAACACAAGUUAGUGGGACUACAGGAGCUUAGCAUUGAUGUAGUUGGAGGGUCAACCUGCCAAAAUCAAAUCUACCUGGCUGCUGAAUUUGAACCAAAUGCCAUAAAUUCAUAUUCUGCAUUACAGUGAAUAGAAUUUUAAUACAAAAAAUACAAUUACUAAUUUAUGCUUUUAUGUUCUGGUACCACCUGAGAUUACAGUACACUCAUUUUUCUGACAUCACUGAGGCUUACUUUGUCACUUUGUCUUGCAAAAAGAAAUGUCAGAUAUUGCCUGAGCUUCUGCGGUCAUUUUCCAACAGUUUGUUGUCCUCUUCUCUCUUUAUGUCUUUGAAGCUGCUGCUACAUAAUUCAAUACCUAAUGCUGGUUCUGUAUUUGCUAACUUAAUAGAUUUAUGUUCAACAAUGAAUGCAGCCAUACUGUUGACAGUGGAUAAGUCUUGUAGUGUGUGCAGUGCUGUGGCAUUCAGUCAUUAAGAGUUGCAAUGUCUUUGCUUUGAAUUUGAAAAAAAAGAAGAUAUAUAUAUAUAUAUAUUUUCUUCACAUGGAUGUGAGGAACAUAUCAAAAAAGAAAGAAAGAACAACAUUUUGAGUGAAAUUCUGUCUGUGAUUUUAUCAGAAUGCCAUGUUUAUGAAAGUACAGAGGUUAUAACAUUUAAAUGUGUAUAAUAUUUUCAGAAACAAAGUCUAUGCAUAAACCUCUGCUGAUGCAAUGUUGUGUAGUAUUUUAUCGUUCACUGAAAUAAAUUUCCUGAAUCAUCUCUA